GUGUGCGCGUGUCUUCCCAGCUUUGUACAUCGAACAUCAUUGCCUGAGCAAGUGGGGGAAAGUGUCUGCUUGUUUUUCGCUGCUGCUGUGUGCACUCUGCGCACCGCUACUUCGUUUUAGGCACAGCACCAACUCCACACCCACAACAGCCAAAAAAAAAAUUAAUAAUAAUAGUGAUAAUGCCGCUCUCCUCGACGACGGAGAUCUGCAUGCUGGUGUGGCCGGCGCUGCCGAGCGAACCGGUCCUCGACCCGAGUGAGUCCAUCGCGUGGGUGAUUGGGUGGAACGACCGCAGCCUCUACAUCAUCGUCGCCUGGUUCCUGCGCAACUGCACGCUGCAGCGGGCUACCGUGGAGCUGCAGAAAAUUCGCAGCGGGCUGCAAAACUUUCACGGCCACCUCGCGGAGAUGCCGUACCGCAAUUUGAACAUUUUGGGCUGCGUGCGUCCCAAUAGUACCCUCUCCAGCUUCAACGCCAACGCGCUCGCCGAUGAGGAGGACAUCCGUCGCGCGCGCAAGGAGAGCUACUUGUGGUUGGAGUUGUUGGAGGGCCCGGUGCUGGGGGAGCUGUGGUGCUGCGGCGCUCGCGUGCAGCCCUGCCAACUCCACGUCGUCCGCUGCGACCCCGCGAAGGUGCUCUCGACUCGCCCGUCGCUCUUCUCCGCCACUGCCCUCUACGGUGUGUCGGGUGUGCGGCAAUUGCAGCGCGGCAUCGCGCCGAUCUGCGCUCCCGGCGCCGCCUCCAACUUAGAAGGCGUCUUGCUCCCACCGGUCAUGUGUAAAGAGGCGGAGCCGCGCGUGCUGCAACGAACUCAACCGCGACGACCCAACUCCAGCAACUUAAACGACUCCAUCGUGCUGGCGGCGGAGGACAGCUUCCUCCUCGCAGACCGCGACAAGGCGGCGGCGGAGCGACUGCGCAACAGCAGCAUCUCGUACAACCCCAACGCCAGCCUGCACUCUGAGCAGACCUUCGCGGAGUCCUUGGCGAAGGAGACAUCGUUUUCCGCCGAGCUCGAUCGUAGCCACAACCGGCGCGAGAGCGUGACCACCGCGCUCGACGGCAGCGCCGUGCAGUCCGACGCGGAGCUCUCCGUCGCGGGCGGCAACACGAGUAAUAGUGGUGGUGGUAGUGGUGCUGUGCGCGGCCGCGUAGGGGUGAACAGCGACUCGGAGGGCGAGCACUACGGCGCCAAUGGCAGCCGCCGCGGCGAGCACAGCACGCAUUCGCAGGAGGACAAGUCGCUGCCGGUGUCCGCCACCCGCACGCAGCAGCCACCACCGCCACCGCCACCGCCGCCGCCGCCCGCUGGUGUGCCGCCCCGCCUCGACUUCCCCUCUACGGCGGACAGAGCAGAGAUGAGCGUUUUCUUAGCCACGAUGCGUGCCGGCCGCAACGUCCGCCGCAUGAUUCAGAAGGAGCGGCCGCAUCUCUACGUAAGAGGAGACGUGGUGGAGCCGCUGACGGGGGUGUUGAGGCUGGUGGUGAAUUUUCUGUUCAUCUACGUCGCCGGGGCACUGCGGUAUCUGCGCUUUAGCAAGACCGCAGAGGUGCUGCUCUACCGCGUGUCGGAGUUUGCACACUUUCUGUGCGUCGUGAGCUUCGCGAGCCACGCGUGCGGGCUGCAUCCCGUGCUGCCGCACCAACUCUCCACCUCGCCGGAGCACCGCUACGUGUGCAUCUUCGAUUACAUCUCACGCUGCGCGGUCGACCUGCUUCUGGGCGUUGUCGUGUACCUGUGCGUGUCUGCCUGGGGCCCGUCCCUGUACGUCGCCUCGCAGUACCUCACCCGGUACUGGCUGUACGAGGUGCACGCGUCCUACAUGGACUGGUUCGACGGCUACCCGGCUGGUCUGAAAGUGAACGAGGACCUGAACAUGGCGCUGUGCUUCUUUGCCAAGUGUGUGCUAGAUUGGUGGGAUGCGCUGUUGAGCUGGUCGCCCGCCACGCUGCCCAGCCUCGUCUCGUUCCAGUCGACGUCGGGUGUUGCUGCGGCCCAGUUUAACAGCACCAUCUCCUCCUUGCCGCCCACCUCCUGGGCGUACCCGGAGUCGGAGGACCAGCUAAAGGUGAUCUACGACUGGGUCGGGACGGCGUUCCAUCUGCGCAUCUUCUGCCUUUUGGGCUGCAGCACUGCCGCUGCCUUCGUGUCGGACCUCACCGGACUCGUCUCCUUGCACCUGCGCUUUCUCUACCACGCUGUGGCCUUUCCCUACCGCUUUACGCGGGUGCUGCUCCGGAACUUGUUUCGCCAGUUCCACGGUGUCAAGUAUAACCCCCUCCGCAAGCGAUACGACGCCUACCACUUCGAGACGGACCAGAUGCUGGCGGCCACCUUCUUGUUCGUCAUCAUCAUGUUUCUCUUUCCCACGUUAGCGGUUUACUACCUGUACUUCUCCUUCGUGCUCACCACCAUCUGGGCCAUGGAGACGUGCUUGGAGUCCAUCGCCUACUUGUCUCUGCAUGUGCCGGUGCACCCCAUUUUAUACUGGCUGUACGCGCGACACAAGCUGAGUGGCGGGGUGGCACUAUCCCACCCAGUCAUUACGAGCGUGCGCCGCUUCCCCGGCCGCGGCGGCCGGCCGGACCGGGAGGAGGAGGAACUCGCAUCACACACCGUGGAGGUCACCGUGGAGUCGAUGCCACUCCCGCUCUCCACGAUGCUGACGGACUUCUACGUGGUGCUGGACAUCAUGUUGAUGCGGCUACGUCCGGAGAAGGUGGUAUCGCUCGUGGUGCGCGGACGAAUGGAGGAGACACCGAAGAUGGCGGACGUGAUCGGGCCGCACUUGCUCACCGACUGUGUCGCCCCGCGGUGCACGCUCUGUGCUGCCCCAACCGUCAGCCCCGGCGCGAAGAAGAAGUAA